CAUUCACGCCUGGAAACCACCGCCAAUCCCCCAACGUCACUCUCUACUCACCACCCUUAGGAUAACAAGAUAAUGGAAGAGCUCAUCUCCCACUCCUCCUCCUCCUCCCCUCCGCCUCCUCAGCCGCCAUUGUUCUCCUCCUCCGCCCCGGCCGGGACUCCCCCUACUCUACAGCUCCGCCUCCAGUGCCUUCUCCACUCCCGACCGGAGUGGUGGGCGUACGCCAUCCUCUGGCGACCGUCCGCCGCCGAGGAUCGCUCCGCCGUCCUCUCCUGGGGGGACGGCUACUUCCGCGGGCCCCGGGACGCCGACCUUCCGCGGAAGGCGGCAAGGGAUGAACCUAUCGGCAGCGCUGCGGACGGGUCCGGCGUCACCGACAUGGAGUGGUUCUACGUCCUGUCGCUGACCCGGUCGUUUGCGGCCGGGGACACGGCUACCGUCCUCACCAGCGCCUUUGGAUCGCUGUCCCCGGUCUGGCUGGCGGGGGCCCACGCGCUGCAGGUGUGCGGGUGUGAGCGGGCCCGGGAGGCCCAGCUCCACGGCAUCGAGACGCUGGUCUGCGUUCCGGCCGGCGAGGGCGUCCUGGAGCUCGGCUCGGCGGAGCUGAUCCCAGAGGACUGGGCUCUCGUCGAGCAGGCCAGGACCUUCCUGGCUGCCGCCACGGACGUCGCCGCCGACGCCACGGUUCCCCUGGCCGUCCCCGGGAGGCCUCCGCUGCAGCCGAGGUGGGACGGCCUGUCGUCCUGGGUCGACUCCGAGCACUCCGACGCCGAGGAAGGGACGGUAGUGGACCGACGGCGGGGAAAGAAGCGGGGUAGGCGGGCGGGGACCGGGAAGGAGGUGCCGGUGAACCACGUGGAAGCCGAGCGCCAGCGGAGGGAGAAGCUGAACCACCGGUUCUACGCGCUGCGGUCGGUGGUGCCGAACGUGUCAAGGAUGGACAAGGCGUCCCUGCUGGCCGACGCCGUGACCUACAUAAAGGAGCUGAGGGCGAGGGUGGAGGAGCUAGAGGGCGAGGCCCGGAAGGCAAAGGAAGAACCCAAGGUCGUAGAUCAGGGUGGUAGCGGCCAUGGAAUUACUACCACUACCACAAGUAGUAACAGUACGGUGUCGUCGGAGAUGGGGGAGGGAGGAGAGAAGGUGGUGCAGCUGGAGGUGGUGGUCGUAGGGACGGAGGAGGCAAUGCUGAGAGUGCAGACGGAGAACGUGAAGCACCCGCCGGCAAGACUGAUGGGGGCGCUGCGGGACCUGGAGGUGGGAGUUCACCAUGCGAGCGUGGCCAGCCUUAAAGGAGUCAUGGUCCAAGAUGUGGUGGUGAGGGUGCCUCAGGGCCUGAGGGGCGGGGAGAGCCUAAAGACUGCUCUUCUUGCAAAGCUGGAGAUGGAUUGAGGUAGCUUCGUUUCCCCACCGGAGAAGUUGGUCUUUUUUUUCUUGUUCUCUUGUGUUCUCCCGUUUGCUUGUAUACAUUAUUCCAGGAAAUAAUAAGAAUGUGAUCGGAUGGUUUUUUAUUCA